UUAUUCCAUUUUAAAAUGAAAAAUAAAGUCGAUUUAUGUAUUUCAAGGGAUUCAUCGAUUUUUCUUCAAAAGUCGAUUGCAGUCUUGCAGUUUGCAGCCCUGAACCCUGAAGUCGGCUUCGAGGGGGUCGUCACUCGUCCCUCUCUUGGCCCGCCUACAAUUUCCCCGUAAUAUCCACUUCGAAGCCUUACCCAACAAAAAGCCCUAGAUUUUUCGUUUUUCCCUUAUUUUUCAAGACACAGGAACCCUCUGAUCAUCCAGAUGGCUGUCAAAGUCGACGAGGAACCGUUGAUCGCAAAAAAUGCCGAAAAGCGCAAAACGCCCGUCAUCUCUAAAAUUGCUAUGAAAACCUUCUUCCUAGAGGCCCUGAAGAGAUACGAGAGGAUUUCGAGAGACUUGCCGGACAGCUUCAAACGGGCUAGAGUACUGGAUGAAGAUGGCAUGGAAGAAGUUGAACUUAGAACAAGCAGUAAAAAUAGCAAACAACCAUUUCCAAGGCUAGGAAAUGCCCCAAGAGCGAAAACAAUAAAGGAACUAGAAACAAGACUAACAGAAUUGAGAGGUAAACCAGGGUAUGCAGCAUCAUUAAUAAAAAAGGGACUGAAGAACAGGCUAAAAAAGAAAAUGAAACUAGAAGAAUUGCAAGAAAAGAAGCUAAAGAUGGCAAAGAAUAAAAGUUCCAAAGGUAACAUGGUGAAACCGAUCCCUUCUACAUCGGAAGCAAGUGAACCCAGUACGAGUGACGAAAAGCCUAAUAUAAUGUUUAACAAAUUUGACUUCCCCGAUUCUGAAAACAAAAUGAACAAGGGCCCCAAAGAUCCAAAGGCGAUACUUCACCAGAUCGAAAAGAGCAAGAAAAAGUUGAAAACUCUUGAGGAACGCGGUCGUGGCGAGACAGUUCAAAAAAUAAAGACAAAACAAACCUGGGAACAGGCGAUCAACAAAGUCGAAGGUGUCAAGGUAAAAGACGACGUCUUGCUUCUUAAAAAGUCCAUCGCGAAAAAGAAACAACAGAAAAACAGAAGCGCCAAAAAGUGGGAUGCGCGGCUACAAGCCGUCGAACAGAAGAAACAAGAGACUCAGAAGAAACGCAAAGAGAAUUUAGCUGCUAAGAACAAAGAAAAGAAACAAAAGAAAAUCAAAAAGGCUGUUAAGAAAGGAAGAGCGGUUCUGUAACUUUUCAACUUUUAUUUUUAAUAAUUUUUUACAUUAUAAUUUUUUAAUGUGGCUGUGUACUUGCCAGAAUUUCAUUUGUAUUCUAAUUCAAUAUUUAUGUAUUAAAUAUUUAAACAUCUUAGUGUUCCUAGUUCCACAAUUUCAUUGAUUGUAACAAAGAUGAAAUAUAAUGACAAUGUAAGCAGCA